UGUGCCCAUUAUAAGAAGGUCCCAUUGUACUUCUGUUCCCUCUUCUCUCUCUCAACAAGUCAAUAUCUCUUUUCUUCUUUCUUCUUCCUAUUUGGUUUCAUUUUGAAGGCUGAGGAUGUAGACAACCAAACAAUGGGGAGAAGAACAACACAGAAAGCUCCCAAAUCACACACUCUCCCUUCCUCACCCACCCAUUCCUUCUCUUCUUCAUCUUCUUCCUCCUCCGACUUCGAAUUCACCAUCUCCAUUUCCCCAAGAAAGUCAACCUCAAACCUCUGCCCCGCCGACGAGCUCUUCUACAAAGGUCAACUCUUGCCCCUCCAUCUCUCCCCUCGUAUCUCCAUGGUCCGAACCCUCCUCCUCGCUUCCUCCUCCACCUCCUCCUCCUCCGACACCACCACCACCACCUCCCGCGACUCCACCGGCUCCACCGACUCCACCUCCUCCUUCUCCUCCGACUUGCUCCUCCUCGGAGACUGUGAUUCCUCCCGUCCCAGCUCCGUCACGGAGGAGGACGAGUUCAAACGGAUACAUUCCGGGUUUUCCCAAACGGGUCAUUCUUCCAUUACCAAGAAAAGCAAGUAUUUCUCCCGGCUUUCCCGGUUUUCUUCCGUGUUUCGCAAGGAAACUCCCACUACCACGACCACGACCACGACCAAGAACAAUCAUAAUAAUUACAAUACAAACCAGCCACCGUACUCGUCUGUCGCCGGCGGCAGCGGCGGUGUGCCGACGUCGUCGUCGGUGAAGCGGAUGAGCGCGACGGCCAGGGAAGUGAUACGGAAGUACUUGAAGAAAGUGAAGCCGUUGUACGAGAAGCUUUCCCAGAAGCAGCAACUGAGAAACGGAAAAAUGUCGAGUUCCACCACUGACGUCACUUUCCGGUCGAAAAAGGAUCGGUUCUUUAAAGAUUCCGAUCAACACAACUACUUCCCGCUUCUUCAGAGUAGUGGGAACAAAGGAGGAGGAGAAAGAGAAAGCAAUAACAACGGCGGCGGCGGUUUUUCGCAUUCGUUUUCGGGGAACUUAAGGUAUCCGAGGAGAUCGGGGAGGAGCUACGUGUCGAGUUGUCCGUCGUCGAUGAGGUCAUCGCCGAGUCAUUCCGGCGUGCUCUGUACCAAAAAGAGCGGGUCCGUGACGCCGCCGGGUAAGAGCAGUGGAGGCGGGUUGACGAGUUACGGGUCGGGUUCUUACGAUGCUUCGUCAAUGGAGGAGUUGCAGAAUGCUAUCCAAGGCGCAAUUGCUCAUUGCAAGAACUCAAUGCUUCAGAACAACAAGGGUAUUAUGGUCAGUGAUGAAAUUUGAUCAGCUACUAAGGACUUAAAAAAUCACUUUAAUUAGAUAAUUAAUGUUUUUUUUUUCUCUCUUCUUAAUGUAAUGUGAAGAAGUAAUAAUUUUAAAAAGAAAAAGGGAAUUUUGUAAUGUUUUUUUUUUUUCCUUAGCGCUUAUUAUGGAUCUAGAGAUAUAAGUAUGUAGUACUACUACUAGCAUUGACUGGAGAAACUGGAAAGUGUUUAACCUUAAUUUUGUUUUUGUUUUUUUAAACUUGUGUUAUAAUGUAGUAGUAAUGAGUUUGCAUGUGAGAUGUGAACGUUAAUCCGUGAAGCGUAUUAAUUAUGGAUCAAUCAUUUGGAUCCAUCUGUUUGUUUGUAUGCAUGAAACUCUUGUUGGAAUUUGUGCUACUGUUUUGAGCGUGUGUGAGUGAGUGUGUUUUCCUAGGAAUUCUGAAAAAUUUUUGUGUGACACUUGAAAUUUGGCCGGUUUUUUUUGUUGUUUGAUGCCAUUCUUGAUAUGGGUAAACACGAUCCUGUGUCAAUUUGUUCAUUCAUGGCAUAAUGUUGGCUAAAAAUGUAUCCCAACAAAUGUGAUAGAAAAUAUGCAAUAUCCGCUAGAGUUUUAGCUGAAAUAUUAUUGAAUCAACUAACAAAAUGCAAAAUACAUGUAAGUUAUAACAUUUUUGACAGAUUAAAAUUCGAUGCAUUUUAGAGGAGGUACACAUUAUUUAUAAAUCAAAUGAUAUCUUUCACUGAUAAUACACGAUUAAUAUUAUCUACAUACGUAGAGAUAUGAAACGGAUCUUUAGAUCCUAUAUACGUAAUGUGGUAUCUAAAAUCUAUCAUUUCCCAUCCUUCUUUUAUGGCGCAAAAAGUAUGAGCAAAAACUGAACUUACAAUCAUUGUAAGAAUCUAAGCUAAUUUUUGUUCGUAUGGAAAUUGUAAAGUUUUGUGUUAAAUCUGGUUGUAAAUUUUUUUUUUUAAUUUUCUUUUUUCAAUGCUGACAGCCUAACGGUUACUUCAAUAGUACUACAAGAUAAAUAAAUUAGUAGUAGUAUAAUGUCGUUGUCUCCUAUGGGGUUUUGACCUUAUGUAAUUGAAGUAUUCCACAGUUCGAUGUGGUUCGAAAGUGAUGCGAAUCUUCCAUGUGCCGCUGGCUUUGUGUUGAUAGUUAAAUUCGAUUUACAGCUUUUUUUUCUUCUCUGGUAGGAGGAUAAGAAGGGUGACAUUUAUUGUGUGGUCUGUGGAGUCAUUCUCAAGUUAAGUUUCUUCUCAGGACUGCCAUAGUAUAUAUAGUAUCUAU